AUGAUAAGACGAGCAUCUAGAGUGAUUUUUCCAUUUUUAAUUCUCUAUCUUAACGGCCUAUUUGAGGUUGGAGGAACGACUAAAAUAGAGGUCUUGCAAUUCAACGCCAAUCCAACAACCACCGAAAACAGCGAAGUCGGCCAAAACUUUGCAACCCUAUCCAAUCCCAAGGUUGACGUGAAGGUUAAGGAGAUCUCCUUGUGCUUUGCUUUUAACUUCUAUUACAUUCGGAACCAAGACAUCCUCCAAUCUCAGGUUGACCUUCGGCUUGUCUUUAAAGAAGAUGGCAACGCUGGUCUGAUCGCUAUCAAAGGGGGCUCUCGUCUCAUUGAGUUGCCAACAUUUUUCCAAGACGAAUGGAACUCACUUUGUAUGAGUGUGGACCUCACUGGCAACGCCGUCAUGUUUGUCAAUGGGUUGAAGACGUUUUCAAAUAAGAUAUCACGAGACUUGUCGGUCCUGGAGCCGGCUUUCUCCCCCAAUUUUAUGGAGAAAUUGAUCAUCGGCUUUGCCAACCGUUCGGAUGUGUUCAGGGGCGAAAUGACCCAGUUCAACAUUUGGUCCACGGUUUUAGACGAGCAAGAGAUGAGACUUUUUACCGACUCUUUUCAAAUGCCCACACCUAACCCGGACUUACUGAAUUGGAAGAGAGCUACUUUCGCCACAGGAGCCCUAGUCCGAAGUACAAAAUAUCCCUUAAGCUCCAUCCAAAGAAAGGCUUAUCCCCAGUACAACAUCUAUCAGUCGUACUCGAAUUUGGAACAGGCCACUGGAACGUGUAAGAAGUACGGCGGCGUCUUGGCCAAACCCGAAACUCACGAGGAUCACAUCAAAAUCUUCAGGGCUGUUCAGGCCCGUCAAGAUAGAUGUCCAGAAUAUGUGAUACCUUUCCGAAAGUCAGAAGCCAAUACGAUCGUACAAUUGGACAGCCUCGACGCUAUUGCAUUUCUAAAUUGGGACGAAGGACAACCCAAUGGAGGCACAGAUCAGACGGCCUUGGUAGUGACAGAAUCUGGAAAUGUGAAGGACGUGGAACCCUCAUACUCGGCUUGUUUCGUCUGCAAGUUCGAGCGCCAAGUCGAAUUUAGACUCAUGGGAAUGCCCAGUGAGUUGGGCAGAUAUAUCGACAGAGUUUACUCGUAUAACCAUGUCAUGGAGAGGUUUAAGGGCAAAAAGUUUGGCAACUUUAUCGCGUUGAAUCCGAACGAGAGCCAAUGGGAGAUAUUUUCGUGCGAGGCUGGAAAAGCCCACUAUAUCCUCGAGCACGCAGAUUCUCCCAUUGGUCUGAGGGAUUGGGAGAACGCUCAAGGGACGGGGAAAAGCGUAGAUGCCACCACGGCACUGAAGAUGACGGUAUGUCUUCAGGGUCAGUUCACUUGCUCAUCGGGAUAUUGCGUGGAUAUUGGGCAACUUUGUGAUGGAUGGUUCGAUUGCGAUGAUACCUCGGAUGAGAAGGAGUGCAAUCCUCUCUACGGAGGCAAUGUUGGGGUCUUUAAGAGGCCGCCUGUGACCCAAGCAAAGGGCCAGAAGGUUAGCGUAUUCAUCCAAGCGGAGAUCCUCAAGAUCUUGGAAAUUGCCGAAUUGGAGGAGGUCUUCAAAGUCAAGAUUCUGUUGCAACUUCGAUGGCGGGACCCUCGUCUCCUUUAUGCCAAUUUGAAAAACAUUACUUUUUCCAAUAAGAUAUUUGACCCUCGGCAGAUUUGGACACCCCGAAUUAUCUUCGAGAAUACCGACACCAAUAAAGAGAUCAUGGAAGAGGAGUUCUCGCUUUUUGUCGAGCAACUGACCAGUGAGGGACAGAAUUCUCAUCUCUCUGCUACGCGUGAGGCUUUGGUAUUCAAUGGUUCAGAAAACAACAUUUUAAUGGCCGCUACCCUAGCUCAAGAGUUUCAUUGUGAAUACACUCUGAACAACUUUCCGUUUGAUGUUCAAAGGUGUUCCAUCCGGAUCGCCGUGGCCAAGGAACUGAGCGACUUUGUGGAACUGAUCCCGAACUUUGGGACCAAUCUGGAAUAUCUGGCCAAUCGGGAUCUGAUUCAGUUCAGGGUGACGGAUGAAGUGAUGACGCUCACUAGCGGAGGUGACGUGGUGAUCACCAUUACCCUUAAGCGGAACUUUCACUAUCAUCUGGCCACCACUUAUCUCCCCUCGACGUGCCUCGUUUUGGCUGCCCUCAUGGUUUUAUUCAUCGAUCAGAAGCACUUCGAGGUCACCCUUAUGGUGGCACUCACAUCCAUGUUGGUCAUGUACACCCUCUACCAAGGCGUAUCGAAUUCUCUGCCUAAAACGGCCUACUUGAAACUGAUCGACAUCUGGCUGAUUUUUGGGCUCAUCAUGCCAUUUGCAGUAUUCCUUGUGUUGGUGGUUUGGGAGUUGCUCAGCUAUGAACGCAAUUCCUCAGUCGUGUCCUUCAAGGGAAUACCCGUGAUCACCCACAACGUCUUUAAAGCAGCCACCGUGGCCUACGUGACAUGGUUCUCAAUCUCCAGCUUCUUCGUCCCACUUCUGGCCUUAGUGUUCUGCUACGCCCAGAUCUGCCGCGCCAUUUGGAACAACUUUAGCGCCAACAAAGCUCCAACCAUCACUCUACCUGCUCCACCCAUGGAACAUGUCCCAAGGGCGAGAACGGCAACAGGGAGUGGAACAGAUUGCUCCACACGCCAUGCCUCAGAGUUCAUGGUCAGCGGGACUUCCUUCAUUCAACAGGAUGACGAAGAACCCUCGGCCAACAUUGGCAGCAACUCAUUGCAAAAAGACGGUGGCCUCUCUUCAAGCGACACCACAGAGCACAGUCACCUACUCCAAGAAACCCAAUUUCAUCAAGGUGACGGCCGCCAAAAUGGAGCGCUUUUAUCGAGAUUGGCCGAUCAAGAAGGGAGGAUAUGCCAAAAAAAGAGCCCAAUGCAGACUCAAAUGUCAAAAGACAAGGAAGAUACGAAAGCAGAAACACCACAAACCUACCAUCCUCAACAAAUGCGAGUGGCUUAUUCUUCGCCACAUGAAAAUGACGGAGGGAUCUCCCGAGCCAAAAUUCGAUCGAUCCAACAAACAGUGGUGGUCAUUCUCAUGUACAUUUCGUGCUCAACACCCUUCAUCUGCGUGCAAUUGUGGACAGUUUGGGGAUCACCGAGUCAAGGAGUUUUGAAGUCCGUGGUCUGGUUGUUCUGGCUCCUGACCUUGAACAGUGUGGUCAAUCCUUUUAUUUACAUGGCCUUCAAUCGCGAGUUGAGGAGUCCUCUGAUCCGAUGUGUGGCCAAAGUCUUGAACCGAUCGAGAUAGGGUUGUCAUCACUUUAUUUGAAACCAUGUUUGAACUCCAUGUUUUGUCUUCUGGUUGUGCGUAAUUUAUCAAAUAAGUUAUCCGUUUUGGCCGCGGGUCAUGCUAAUUAUCAAUUAUAAAAAAUGAAACCGAUCCUCAACAAAAAUAAAAUAAAAAAACGUUCUUUUUUUA